CACUGUUUCCAUUCAGCUGAAGCCAUACAAGAGCUUAAAAUAUAGACAUCGGCCAGUGUGUUCGACUCCAGGAAGAAAACAAGAUUGCUUUGGAGAAAGUUUGCAGAUUUCCAGAAGCCCGUCCUGGCUGCUGCUUGUGUUGAGGGACAGAGGAAUGGCCAUACCGACCAUGACUGACUCCAGCAGGCUUGAUCUGGAUGAACGGACCUCAACGUCACACACAGAGUGUGGAGAGGAGCCUGAUCUCCAGCCAAGAGCUUUGAAGGAACCUCAGGCAGUGGGUGCAGAAGACACUGGAAUAUCAGACAUCAUCGUGUCGAGGGGUGAGGAAUAUCAAAAGUCUGGCUUUACAAGUAAAGAAGACAGCAACAUCCAGUCGUGCAUCAGCAGCAGGUCAGAUGCAGAAAGAGAGAAGAAAUCUACUGCUUGCUGCUUCAGAAAACGUCACAGGAAACACCGAACAGAGUUUACAGACACGAGGAAUACAAGGGAGACGUGUAGAAAAGACAGAGCAAGAAUGAGAAGAAAUUCUCCAGACCAGAAGACCAGCGGCUUCUCAAGAUGCUCCAAAGAUCAAGACGCGUUCUCAUCCCGACCUCAGCAGGUCACUCCAGAUCUCCAUCUGUGGAAGUGUCCUCAAGAUGCUGGUGUUUCCCGUCUCUGCCUUCACAAGCUGGAGGUCGACUUUCCUUCAACCUUUGAGUCUCGCAGUUUGGAACCAAACCUCGACUCUGAGCUUGCAUAUAUUUAUGCUGAAAGCAUCAAAGGAUGCGACUCUUCCUGUUGCACUACUCCAGGAGACUGUAAUACCCACAAUCCCUUUGUCAAAACUGAACGAGACCCUGAAUCUGUCUGGAACAGCUUUGAGGAAGAAUAUGAAGACUUAGAUUGGGAUUUAUACAUGUCUGCACACAGUACAGCGGCGACUGCAGGUUCCAGAUUGAACGCUUUAGAUGACUUUGACUUUGACUCGACUUGUAUUUAUACAGACUGGGAAAGGAGAGCCGACAGUGCAGAAACCGAGCAGGGUUACAGUCCAGCCGAAGCAGAGUGGGGCUCUGAGUGUUCAUGGGACUCUUACUGUACCACAGACAGACAAACCAGCAGCUGGGAUUCAGACGGCUGCCGUUUAGAGGCUCUCGGUGAUAGAAAAUGUCUAGACGGAUGGCCUGAAUUGUCUCUGCCAGGAUUUGAGGGCUGCUUUGACUGCUGGGAUGUAGUUGGAGACGUUUGCAGAGACACAGAGAACGAUUCGGAGACUUUUUGCACCAGACGGGAUACAGGUGAACUCUGGGGUGUCGUGACUCAAAUGGACCGCUGGGAUUUCUCUGAGUUUUUCUGUGAGAUGAUUAAAGAAGUGACGCAGGAGAAAGACACAGAGGAAAUGAACGUAAAUGAGGGGUUUCUGUUCCACCCUAAGCAGUACCUCCAGGUGAAGAACUCGGAAUAUCGAGAAGGUCAUGAAUAUUCAUUUCUCCGUCACAUUCAAAACGGCUCAUAUGGAGACGUCUUCAGCAUUCGGGACAAACAAACAGGAUUUACGUGUGCUGCCAAAAAAGUGAAUAUCCAUUUCUUAUCCAAUUAAUUAAUAAGCCUAAAUAUCUCUGCAUGCAUCUCUGCAUAUUCUUGCAUGCAAAGUUGUUGAAAGAAAACCUGUGACUCUCUGAUUAUUUCCUAACUGAUCCAAUGCAUUGCUCUCUUGUGA